AUGGGCUUACGUGUAUUCGACCUACAAUUUGUAGCAUUUCUAGCUACUGCUAUUUUGAGUCUUAUUUCGAUUCUUUACUUUUAUAUCUUGAUUCUAUAUCCGACCAUAUUCACGCCCCUACGAGAUAUACCAACGCCACCCGGUCGUUCUCUUCUCACCGGUGCGACAUUGAGAUUGCCUGGAGGACCGCAUACUCACGACCCUCGAUACUGGAGGGAGACUAUACCGAACGAUGGACUGAUAAGAUUUUACUUGGUUGGAGGUCGCGAAAGGCUACUGGUUACCAGUGCCAAGGCGCUCAGUGAAAUUCUAGUCACCAAGGCGUCGCACUUUGUGAAGCCUGAAUUCGUGAGACGGCGUCUUUAUUAUGUUACGGGUAACGGUCUACUGCUCGCUGAAGGAGAGGAGCAUAGUGUUCAACGCAAAAGCUUUAUGCCUGUUUUUUCGUUUCGCCACGUCAAGGACUUAUAUCCUAUUUUCUGGUCAAAGGCCAGGGAAUUGACUGAGGUGCUGGCUGAUCAGAUUGCGAUCAAUAACUCAAAAAAGACUAAAAGGGUGAUCGAAAUGCGGCAGUGGACAAGCCGAGCCACGUUGGACAUUGUCGGCCUUGCUGGCAUGGAUCAUGACUUCGGCUCAUUAAAGGAUCCUCACAGCCAAAUCAUACAACAGUAUAAAAAAAUGCAACAAAGCCCAUCGUUAUUUGAAACGCUUUUUGGAGUGUUACUGUCUCCUUUCGCCGCCGUAAAGGAUGCUAGCGUGGUUCUGCGAGUUCCAACGAGACGUAUGAAAGAAAUCAAAGAGGCUUCUCGUUUUAUCCGUAACGUGUGCCGGGCCAUCAUCCGAGAAAAGCAGGAUAAGGCAGAUCAAUCGUCAUCCCAAAUUGGUAUUGACCUUAUUUCGGUGGCGUUAAAGAGUGACACAUUCAGCAAUGAUGCCCUUGUAGACCAGAUGAUGACUUUUCUGGCAGCAGGGCAUGGUACAACUUCAGUUGCCCUGCAAUGGUCUGUUUACGCACUGUGCAAGCAUCAAGACGUCCAGCAGCGGUUACGUCAGGAAAUUUGCGAACAACUUCCCCUAGUCACCGACGACAAUGUCGGAAUAUCGGCUUCCGACAUUGAUCGGCUUGCCUAUUUACGCGCCUUUUGCAACGAGGUUCUGCGGUUCUGGCCCCCUGUGCCAAGUACUAUUCGUGAAUCACUCCAUGACACCACAGUCGCCGGGCAUUAUAUCCCAAAAGGCACAAUUUUUAGCAUUUCACCUGCUGUCACAAAUCACGACGCCGAGCUGUGGGGUCCCGACGCAAACGUUUUUGACCCAGAACGCUGGAUGCGUGAGGGAUGCGCCAAUUCCGGAGGUGUGAAAAACAGUCAUGGAUUUUUGACAUUUAUUCAUGGCCCACGGAGCUGUAUUGGAGAUAAAUUUGCAAGAGCCGAACUGGCCUGUUUAGUUGCAGCGAUUGUUGGCAGGUUCCAUUUUGAACUGGAAGACCAAGACAAGGUCGAGAUGUUCACCAAAGGGGGUAUCAGUGCAGCCCCUGCGGAUGGUAUACGUGUUUAUAUUGAGGUGGUUGAUGGGUGGCAGGCAUGA